AUGGACACGACAACGGCGCACGCGGGGCUGAAGCAGCGCCAUCCGUCGCCUUCCGUCCCCGCCCAAGAGAAGCACUCCAACGGCCGACCUAAGCUGGCUGGGCGCGCCCACUCCAACCACCCCGCGGGCAGGGUCAAGCAUGGCGCCCUCAUGCAGUUCCUGCGCAUGUGCGCCUUUGCCGUCUACUUCGCCAGCAGCAUCUUCGCCAUCUUCAUCACCCAGGCCAUCGGCCUCCCGCUCUACUACUACAGCAGGGACCUCUUCUACGCCUGGAUGGCCAUGACCAAGCAGCACUUUGGCAUCGUCACCACCACCAUGACCUACUGGUGGGCCCCCGUCAAGAUGAGAGUCAGCGGCGACGCCAGCGUGCGAGGCCAGCUCCGCAGCUCCGACGACGGCCGCAUAGAGUGCGACUUCCCAGAGCGCAUCGUCCUCGUCUCCAACCACCAGAUCUACACCGACUGGGUCUACCUCUGGUGGAUCGCCUACACCUCCUCCAUGCACGGCCACCUGUACAUCAUCCUCAAAGAGUCCAUCCGCUACAUCCCCGUCCUCGGCACCGGCAUGAUGCUCUACGGCUUCAUCUUCCUCUCCCGCAAGUGGGCCACCGACAAGGAGCGCUUCCAGUACCGCCUGAAGAAGCUCAGCGCCCGUCACGACGCCGCCGUCACAGCCGCCAACCCCAAAGGCCUGAAUCCCAUGUGGCUGCUCAUCUUCCCCGAGGGCACCAACCUGUCCGCCAACGGGCGCGUGGCAUCGAGCAAGUGGGCCGACAAGAACGGCAUCCCAGACCUGCGCCACGCCCUCCUCCCACGCUCCACCGGCCUGUCGUACUGUCUGCAGGAGCUGCGCGAUACAGUCGAAUACAUGUACGACUGCACGCUCGCCUACGAGGGCGUCCCCGCCGGCCAAUACGGCCAGGACCUCUUCUCACUCUACGGCAGCUACUUCCAGGGCCGCCCUCCCAAGAGCGUCAACAUGCACUGGCGCCGCUUCGCCACGCGCGACAUACCUCUCGGCGACGAAGCCGUCUUCAACCACUGGCUCGUCGCGCGCUGGAGAGAAAAGGACGACCUCCUGCAGUACUACAGGGAGCACAACCGCUUCCCCGCCGACGACGCCACCGGCCUCGACGACUCGGGCAACACGGUGCAGGGCGCCGGCUGGAUCGAGACGGAGGUGCGGCCCGCGAAGAGCUGGGAGUGGGUCCGCGUCUUCGUCCCCAUCGCCGCCGUCGGCCUGUUGCUGAACGUGCUGUGGAAGACGCUCACCAUGGUGCUGAAGGUGGUGCGUUGGAAGUAG